CCGCCAUGUGUUCGACCAUGUGCCGCAGAGGCGCCUGCCGCCCCUGGCCGUGGGACUACGCGCCACGACCGCGGCUGCGGCCUGCCGGAGGCCCGCGCGGCGCUCUUCUGAGUCAGCCGCCACUUGUCGCGCCGCUUCAGGAGGUGGUAGCAUGGUUGGAUUGUUUUGCAUGUGUGGUUCGAUGGCCUUUUAGGCUUGGUGAGGCAUUGGGGUUUUAGAACAGUAUCUUUUGGUGGCACAAGACGACAGUGGGUGAUCAAGAAUGGUUGGAGGCUUUAGGAUCGCUCUCAAUUCUAAAGUAAACUAUGAAAUGGCAUCAAAUGGUUACUGAUGAGGCUGCACCGGGCCGGUUGAAUCUUGUUUAUCUGCUUUGAGGAGCAAGGUCAGGGCAUGACUCACUCUUGGCAUUGAUUUUGGGGUGUUACAGUGGUACGAAUGAAAGGGAUGUACAGAGAGGAUGGAGAAUCUGAUGUUCCUCGUUUGUUUAGGACACUCCUGCAAAUUCCAACAGCCUCUUCUUCAUGUCCUCGCGUGCGCUUAACUCCGUCUGCAUCCUUGCCAUCAAGACGAAACUUUGAAGGCUAUAUUCCUCGUAGCUGCUCAGGUUCAUCUUUGCAGAUCUAUAGCCGGUCAUCACUUCUAACUCUAUCACCAUCUUCAGCUCUCAUGGUGUCCUCCCAGCUCAGCUCUUCUGACGUAGCCCAACGGUCAGAGGAAUGGUUUGCUCUCCGCAAGGACAAGCUCACCACAAGCACCUUCAGCACUGCCUUGGGUUUCUGGGCUGGCAACAGACGGUCAGAGCUGUGGAAUGAGAAAGUCUUUGGACCAAUGGACAUCAAGUUGGCAGAUACGGCCAGGUCUGCCAUGGACUGGGGAACCCAUCAUGAAAGUGUGGCCAUAGAGCAGUACACAAGCAUCACUGGACGAAUGGUGGGCACCCUUGGCUUCGCGGUGCACACUGAGGCCAACUCUGGAUGGCUCGGAGCUUCACCUGAUGGAAUUCUAGGGUGUGAGCCUGACGGUGGGAUCCUGGAAGUCAAGUGCCCAUUCAACAAGGGUAAGCCUGAGGUCGCUCUGCCAUGGCGUAUCAUGCCAUACUACUACAUGCCGCAGGUGCAGGGCCUGAUGGAGAUCAUGGACAGAGACUGGGUCGAACUCUACUGCUGGACUCCAAAUGGGAGCAGCCUGUUCCGAGUGCUCCGAGACCGCGCAUACUGGGAGCUCAUCCAUGAAGUCCUGCGUGAUUUCUGGUGGGGGAACGUGAUGCCGGCACGGGAGCUACUGCUCCUAGGGAAGGAGGCUGAAGCUAGAUCAUUCGAACUGCAGCCCAAGCACCGGCUCACAAAUCUGAUGCUGUUUAGGAGCAGGAAACUUGCUUCCGAAGCCAAGUUGUUGUGUAUGGAUGUUGGUGGUCAUGUUGAAUUCUUCCAAUGAGUGAUUCUAUCAGUGAUUGUAUUCUGUACCAUGAUUAUUCUUUAAAUUAAUCCAUGAAUGACUCUCAAACCACUA